UGUACUUUUGUUAAAACAGAACGAUUUGUUGAGGUUGAGGUUACAAUCCUUGACAAUUAAGUUUUGUUUUGGGCGAAUGAUUUACUAAGGUGAAGGAGUAAUGAUUACACUCACUCGGAAAUUGAAAAAAGAUGCAAACGACAACAAAACUGUACCUGCUGGAAACUCAACCAAAAGAGUUUCAGUUCGAGAUAAACUUCUUAUCAAAGAGGUUCAAGAAAUGGAACAGAUGCUACCAAAUACUUGCAGGGUUAAGUUUGACGAUCCCCAUUCUCUCCAUGAGUUUAACCUGUUUGUUACUCCAGAUGAAGGUUUUUGGAUUGGUGGGAGGUUCUGCUUCCACGUUUACAUUACCGAAGAGUACAACAUGGCGCCCCCCAGUGUAAAGUGUUUAACAAAACUGUGGCAUCCGAAUAUCAGCGAAGAGGGCGACAUUUGCCUCAGUUUGCUGCGGCAAAACUCUAUCGACGGCCUAGGCUGGGCUCCGACUCGCAGACUGAAAGAUGUCAUUUGGGGGCUUAACUCUUUGUUUACUGAUCUGCUCAACUUUGACGAUCCCCUGAAUAUAGAAGCUGCUGAGCUGUAUCUGAAAGACAAGGACGCAUUUCGUACAAAAGUGAAAGACUAUGUGAAUCAGUUCGCCAAGAGAUGAUAAAACGACCUUCUAGUCCAUCGACUCUCGUGUACAAAUUGUGAUAAACUGUUUAUUGUGUGAUCAACAAUAUUUACCAGUAGCUCAGUCAAUAAAUUACAAGUGGAACUUGUCGUGCAAAAUGAUUCCAGACGGUUUUGGUUUGAACAUCACAUCGAAAGGUUGGGUUUGAUUAAGUUCUUUUUGCCUGAGAAUUAAGGAGACAUAGGACAGGAUUAGCAGGCUGACCCUGUCCUGCGUAUCUUACAUUCAAACUGAAAGGCUUGUAAGUAUGACGAGAAGAUUUGAGUUUAAACUGUGUUUAUUUACGCCAUUGCAUUUUUUUACAAUUGUUAUAAGUUGAGGUUGUAAUUAAUUUUGUUGCCAUAUUCUUACUUCUUCCCCCAACAUAGUGUGUGCUGUUGCUGUUACAUAAAUAAUGUAGGAUCUAUGAAGUAUCUAAGGGGUGUGUGAAUAGUAAUUUUAGAGUUUUGAUAGAAUAAUUUCUAGCGAAUGUUUACAUUAUUAUUUCAAUUUCAACCAAGGCUUGCCCAAUCAUCUUGAGUUUAACCUACAACAGUGUCCAUUGUUUUGAUUUAUGUAAUCUAUAUAAAAUACAAUAUUUUAUAUCACAUUCGCACACCCCUAUAUAAAUCUUAUUACGGUAAAUUUUGGUUCAAUAGUGUCAAAUAAUCUAAGAAUAUUUGAAAUUGCAAUUGUUACCAAUUUUUCCUAAGAAGUUUUUGGUAACUUGUUACUAAAAAUUCUACCACCUUUAACUGUUAGUUUACAUUUAAUUAGUACUUGUACUAAGUUCUUGAUCUAAUAUUCUAUUUUGUUUUUUUAAGGGUAAUUGGUUUGUAAAAGGUACGGUACAUGAGUAAGAAUUGAAAUCAGUCUAGCCUCAUUUAAAAUUAAAAUCUCUAAGCUUGUUUAAUGGUACUCGAGCUUAAUAAAAGCAGUCAAUGUUUCAAUCUGAAUAUUUUCCAAGCUUUUGUUGAAAGUUUUAUUAAUUUUUUUUUACCCGUUUAACACUUAUACCGAAACCCUGGUCUGACAGGCCCACGGGAAUUUUCAAAAACACAUUUUGGUAAAAUUGUUUAUUUGGGGAAUUCCAUUCCCCCAAUACCUUCCCACCUUUUCCUCCCCUACCUGUUGAUAUAUUUUUUGUUCAUUUUGCUUGGGUGCCGUGACCUUGACAGGUUGUCUGUUCAUAACAAGCCCUUUCAGAAGCCCAGCGUUAGUGCUUUAAAAGUGGGGUCUCACAGGCCCAGGGUUUCGGUUUGUGUGUUUCUAAGUGGGGUUCAUUAUUUUCAAAUAGGGUCUCACAGACCUGGGGUUUCUGUAAAAUUGUUUAGUUAAAUUUAAAUAGCUUUUGUCAAAGCGAAAAUAGCUGUUUUCAAUACAUGUGCUGUGUGACUAGGCUAUAAGUAUUUCUUAUUCUUCUUGGUUAAAAAACAGAUUCAGCUGGAGUCAAGGGUAUCAGCUGUACAUAUUUCUCGUUAACUCCUCCUCUAAUUUAGCAAAAAAAAAAAAAAAAAAAUAGUUUUGACAAGUCAAUUUAUUAGUGUAUUGUUAAUAAAAUUUCAUAAUCUUGUUACUGUUAUAUUUCACUACAAGAACUAUCCAGUUUGGUUAAUUGCCAUCUUUUAUAAAUCUGAACAAAGCGGCUAGAAUGCAUUACAAACGUGAUAGCCUUUUGGACAUACCAGUCUGAACGUAAUGCUUUAUUUGAGUUUUUUUUUAAGAGUCUUUUAGUUCACUUUUUUUCAUCGAUCCUGAGAAAAUACUGAUUUUUGAUGGUUCAAAACUGGACCCAGCUGUUCCUGAUCAUUGGGCUUUAAAAAAUUAUCCUGACUAAUGAAACAGCUGAUCUUAUAUUUAUUUACUGAGCUACAUCGUGCAACGGCAUUUCCUUACUUAUGUUCUGUGUACUUUAACCAAUGUGUCUAAUGUUAUUUUUCCAUUAAGUUGUAUAUUAUAAUGAAUAAAGACUGUUCAUGAGUAA